GCAGUUCGCUGUUGACAGCCAGCUCUAACCCGCUGCUAAUACCACCAGCCAGCAAACCGCUCGCUCUAUGCCCAAUCUUGCAGGUUGAAGCUGUGGCCCCGAUUUCCUGUCACAUGAUUAGAAAUAGGAUCCCUGCUUUCUACUAUCUCUUGUCUGUGUGGUUCGGAUCUGCCUUGUAGCUGGGGGAUCAGACGCGGUCCGGGCUGGCUUUAACUUAAACCAUUCGCGACUUGACUUUUCAGAUCGGAGACGUGCUGUGUCCGAAACAAGUCACCUGCGACUCUUCCUUUCUCAGACUCCACGAAAGAGCACCUCGUCUGUCCUCUCUUCUCAAGUUGAGCGAUGGGAUCGUUGACAGUUGCAAUCCUUUUGGCUGGAUUUCUCCCAACUUCUGCUCAGUUUGAAACGGAAUGUUACACUGCAAAUGGAGAAGACUACAGGGGCAAGCAAAAUGAGACAUGUCUUCAUGGGGGAAAACCAUGUCUUUACUGGAAUGAAACCUUCCAGCACCCCUAUAAUACCAUCAAGUACCCAAAUGGAGAGGGGGGACUUGGUAACCACAACUACUGCAGAAAUCCUGAUGGGGAUGUCAGGCCUUGGUGUUACAUCGCGGAUCACGAAGACGGGAUUUACUGGAAAUACUGCGACAUUCCGACCUGCCAGAUGCCAGGAAACCUUGGCUGUUUCAAAGACAGUGGGGAUCCUCCUACUUUGACUGGCAUCAGUGAGACCUCCAAUAAGCUCACCAUUCAGAACUGCAUCAGCUUCUGCAGACGACAAAGAUACAAGCUUGCAGGGAUGGAGUCAGGCUAUGCUUGUUUCUGUGGCAAUGACCCAGACUUUCGGAGACACGGAGCAGCGGCUAGCACAGAAUGUAAUCAUGUAUGUUUCGGGGAUCACACCCAGCCCUGUGGAGGUGACGGGAGAGUCAUCAUUUUUGACACUCGGGUGGGAGCCUGUGGUGGAAACUACACCUCGCCAUCUGGAGUCAUCUAUUCUCCGGAUUUCCCUGAUAACUACGGGACCAACCGGGUUUGCUACUGGACAAUCCAGGUGCCAGGAGCCUCGGUCAUCCUCUUCAACUUCACCUUCUUCGACAUCGUGGACUCGACGGACAUGGUGGAGCUGCUAGACGGCUACAGCAAUCGAGUGGUGGCCAGGCUGGACGGCAGGAACCACCCCCGGAGCAUCAUCAACAUCACCGCCGACUUUGUCAUCCUCUACUUCUACUCUGACAGAACGAACCAGGCCCACGGGUUUGCUGUGGUCUACAAAGCUCUGAGGGGUCAGAUGCCAAAAUCGGUUGAGGAGCCUGUCACUCCAACUGGACCCAUUCCAGAAGUGAUAACAGAAAAGGCUAAUAUCAGCUUAAAUGCUGCCAGAUCCUCUCAAAUCCUGUAUGUCAUCACAUCCAGCCCGAGUAAACCAGACCAUAACAUGCCAGUGUGGACUAUCUAUGCUCUAGCAGCUCUUCUGAUCCUGACUGUCAUAGCCAUGGUUGCGAAGUUCCUCUUACACGUCACAGUGAAAUCCCCGACGAUACCAUCAAAUAACGGCUCUGACACUUGCAGUCAGAACACAGCAUCUGAGCCCUGGAUCAUCUUCUACAGGCCUUCCACCAUAUCUUUCUUCAAGAAAAAGCUAAAGAACCAUCACGGGGACCUCAGUCCCUUGGUGGGAAACUAAGGAGGCAUGCCCAGCUGUCAAGACAUUCUCCAAGGGGAGCUAGAUGACUUCUCAAACAUGCGAGCUCACAGUUACCAGACUGACGUGAUGGAGAGCAGCAUCCAGCACGGUCCAAACCAAACGAGCGACAAUCCUAUAUGUAGAGACAGGAGGCCGGGUGUUGCCAGACAUUGCUGGGGUGGUUUAACUUUCUGCUUCCUUUGUACGAGCUGCCCUUGAAUAUCGGUGCCUUAAACGCAGAGGGAGAUGGUUUCCCGGUGUCGACAGAGGGCACGUGCAGGUAUCAUAACAACAUCACAUGGAUUGAACUGGAGAUGUUGAGGGAUCUAACAAUUCAUUUUUACUGAUAUUCAAAAGAGCUUCUCUGCGGCACAAUACAUAGCAGACAGAGCCCUUACUCAGUCAUACAACCAGUCUUCUACUGCAUUCACACUGCAGGCUACACGGUCAGUGGAUGUUCUGUAAGUUGCGGAGUUGAAUCCUGUUUAUUUCAGGAGGACACUGAAAGACGGCUUUAAAAAAACAAGUCAUGGACCUUCAAAACACCAGAUGGGCAAAAAAGGGGACCAAAAACCUACAUUGAUGGAAUAGAAAGAAAAAAAACAGGUCCUUCUCACACAUUGUACUUUAAGUUAGUUCUUGUUUUUUUAUGCUGAAUUCUGAUUGAUCUAAUAAGAUAAGGUAAAAUGAAGAUAAAUAUUAGUAAAGAAACAAAUAAUCUGAGCGUAUUGAGCUCAGACCAAAUAAAAGACUGCCCUGGUUAUAUAACCACUACUGAAACUAGAAAAACACCAAUGUUGUCAGAGGGUCUUUUCAGGUAAAUGGGAUUUAAAAACCCCUUAAGAUUGCUAGAAAUGUUUCACUCUCUCUUUCUGAGUGCUAAGGUGUUCCUGCCUUUCUGACCAUUUUCAAGUGCCUUAUGGAUAAAAAAUGUCAUGCGAUAACACCUCAGUAUUAACAAUCAGAAGCUUUGGAGGGAGCUCUCCUCUGGCCUCUCUUUAAACUAAAUACAUGUGUGAUAAAAAUUCACAUGUAACUAAGAGCUGAAAGUAGAAAAAAGUGAUGCUCACUGACCACAGCACUAUGACAAAAGCCACUUGUCAUACUUGACAUAUUGGCUUUUGUAAGGAUUGAAUUUAAUUUAAGGAUUAAAAUUCAAGUUCAGUAUGGAAACCUUGACUCACACCAUGCAAACAAAUCUGAAAUUGAAUUAAUUGUAUUUCUUAAUUGUAUAUUAGCACUUGAUUAAACUAACAAUACAAAGAGCGCCUCUCUUAACACUGGAGAUCGCUAGUCACUUCCCAGUAAAGGCUCAGCUCAAUCACCAGUCAUAAGGUGGAGUGAAGAUUUCUUGGAAUUCAAUGUGGCUGCCAUAGUGAGCCACCACAUCAUACAACAACUGGACCACAGGAGCAGCUUCAAAAGGCAGGGAGCAGCGAGGCAGGAAACAGACUAACCUCAUUUAAACUAGAGGGGUGUUAGGUAGCGACAUCUGCAUUGGAGCUGGUUGUAAAUCUUGGUUCAAUAUCCUCACUCUUGCGAAAAGUGAUUGCUGAUCGUUCAUGUCUGUCAUGGGGUUGACAGUUUUAUUUAAUGUCUCGUCAGAAACAUAGCAUAGCCACAUCUUGUGGUCCACUACUUCCCUGACACAACUUGAAUUUCCAAGGGGCCACACGUCCCAGUACUCAACAUCUCACAUCUUAAUAGGUUGGAUUUGAGAAUGUCAAAUAGAUGAAGAAGUAUUAUAAGUCAAACAAGACACCAAAAUGUGUGCCAUCCCUUUAAGUUAUACUUGGCAUAAAAGUAAACAUUGAUUUAUAGAAAAAUAAUGGAAUUAAUAGGCAAAGCACUGAAAUAUCAGAAAAUACCAUGAUGUUGGAGUAUAAAACAAGCAAUAAUGAAAACUUAAAACUUCAGAAAACAAAGGUUUGAGGCAUUUCUCCUGCUGAACGUUGUCUGCAGUACUCAUUGUUAUGAAACUAUUAUGCAAGUUAUAUAAACAUGCACUUACCUGUCAUUUAAAUAUCUUUAACAUUACCUGUUGAGAACUGUGUUUGCAUGUUUCACGUGAAACUCUUUCGCAGACUUUUUACCCUUUGGCUUUUGUGAAGAGGCUGUACUCUUCAAUGCAAAUUCAAAACAUGAAAAGAUCAGAAUCAUAGUGUCUGCAUGUACUUGCACUCUGGGAAAGAUACAUACUUUAGGAUCUUUUUUUUCCCCCACAAGAACAUGUAUCUACUUAAAACUACCAGAUAGAAUAUAGAUAUAUAUAUUUUGCAACAUUUUACACAUUGUUACAGUUGUUCAGAUCCAUUCAUCCCAUAAACUUGACAUAAUUCUCUGUUCAUUGAAAUCAUAUUUGAUAGUAUGUGUAUGAUGUAGUUUUAAGCCAACAAACUAGUGUAUUUUUGUAAAAAAAAAAAAAGUGGUUGUAUUUUGUGACCUUAUUUGACAAGCCAAAAUUUCCUCUGCUGUUUAUGCAUACUGAACAAGUUUUAUUCUGAUAAGUACACAUUGUGUUUGCAUACUGAAUACUACUCAGACCUCAGAACUCCUCUGUUAAUUCAACUUGGGAAUUUCAUGAUUUCUCAAAAGAAAUGCCGUAUGUACUUCCUGCAUCUGCAAUUUGACCUUAUCAGAAUAUCACAAGGUAUAUUCAAGCAAGACAAGAGAUUCAAGAGUUGGACAAGAGGUCUAAAAGACUGUUUUUGUUUUCCAAUGAAUUGUAUAUGAAAAUAGUGAGAAUAUUAAUUUAUGCAGUAAAUUAUUCUUUUUUGGAUGUGAAUGGGUUAUCCUUAUCUUUUUAUAUGAGCUAAGUUAAUUUGUAGUUUUAUUUAAUGUGUUCCGUUUGUAAAAUAAAUAUGCAUGUUUUUUAA